CCGGUGGUGGGCAGCCAGAUGACGCGGCAGGCCCGGCGCCUCUACGUCGGCAACAUCCCCUUCGGCAUCACCGAGGAAGCCAUGAUGGAUUUCUUCAAUGCCCAGAUGCGGCUGGGGGGGCUGACCCAGGCACCGGGAAACCCCGUCCUGGCCGUGCAGAUCAACCAGGAUAAGAAUUUCGCCUUUUUGGAGUUCCGCUCGGUGGACGAAACCACGCAGGCGAUGGCCUUCGACGGGAUCAUCUUCCAAGGGCAGUCGCUGAAGAUCCGUCGCCCCCACGACUACCAGCCGCUGCCCGGCAUGUCGGAGAAUCCCUCUGUCUACGUGCCGGGCGUCGUCUCUACGGUGGUGCCUGACUCCGCUCACAAGCUUUUCAUCGGGGGUCUCCCCAACUACCUGAAUGAUGACCAGGUGAAGGAGCUGCUGACAUCCUUCGGGCCGCUGAAAGCCUUCAACCUGGUGAAGGACAGCGCCACCGGCCUCUCCAAGGGCUACGCCUUCUGCGAGUACGUCGACAUCAACGUCACCGACCAGGCCAUCGCUGGGCUCAACGGGAUGCAGCUGGGUGACAAGAAGCUGCUGGUGCAGAGGGCCAGCGUGGGGGCCAAGAACGCCACCCUG